UCAUCUUGUCAAUUUGGCCAUUUGGGUCGUCUUCAUCCAUCGGGUUGUAAAGAAGAAGAAGAAAGCGAAAAAUCUCUGAAAACGAUGGCGAUUCCGUUUGCUUCAUUGUCGAACGUUGGCCUUUCCGGUCAAGGAAAUCUCUCUCCUAUCAAAGCUAAAGCUUCGAGCUUUACGUGCUAUUAUCCGAAGCUUCUGAAAUCUACAUUGGUAACAGACGCCGCAGCAGCAGCUUCGCUAUCUUCCUUCUCCUCAUCGAGUUUCUUUUCCGGCUCCUUGCGGCUGCCAAAAUCCCCAAAUUUUUUGGUUCAGAAUAAUGCCCGCCGUCGACUCUCUCCCGUUCAAGCCACUGCUCAGAUCCAGGUGGCAGAACUUCAAGCAAAAGUGACGAACAAAGUGUAUCUCGACAUAAGUAUUGGGAAUCCUGUGGGGAAGCUUGUUGGGAGAAUUGUGAUUGGAUUAUACGGGGAUGAGGUGCCACAGACAGCUGAAAAUUUCCGUGCUCUGUGCACAGGAGAAAAGGGUUUUGGCUUCAAAGGUUGCAGUUUUCAUCGCGUUAUUAAGGACUUUAUGAUUCAAGGAGGUGAUUUUGAACAGGGAAAUGGAACUGGUGGCAAAAGCAUAUAUGGCCGUACAUUUAAAGAUGAAAACUUUAACUUGGGUCACGUUGGGCCUGGAGUGUUGAGCAUGGCAAAUGCAGGCCCCAAUACUAACGGAAGCCAAUUUUUCAUAUGCACUGUGAAGACACAAUGGCUGGAUAAGAGGCAUGUCGUGUUUGGACAAGUUGUAGAGGGCAUGGAUGUGGUGAAGUUAAUCGAAUUGCAGGCGACAGACAGGGGCGAUCGCCCUAGUGAGAGGGUUGUCAUCAGUGAUUGUGGAGAAUUACCGAUGGUCUGAGCUGGGAAGGGAAUCUCUGGUUAUCAAGCGUCGUUUAAGGUUUAGUUUUGCAACUUAAUUAGUUUGUCGGGCAGUCAGUCAUAGAUGGCUGUACCAUAAUAAGAAUGAAUGAUUCCUCAAAGCAAAGAUGACAAAUUGUAGAGGGCAUCUUGAUCAUCACUUAGGAUUAUCUUGAUUCAGUUAAUGUAUAGCAGAUUGGAAUCUGGGAUUUUGUCAUACAUACAUACACACACAAACCGCAGGUUGUUGUUGAGCCUCAGAUGAUGGUUUGUGUAGUGGUUGAAUGUGCAUGAUGCAGCCGCAGCAGCAAUUUCAAUGCUUUGUCAUUUAGCUGCUACAUACGACAUGGAACGCAGAAACCUCAAAUUCCGUGAGCUUCAUAAACCUCACAUGUAGUCCUCAAGGGUAUUUUGAUUUUUCGAUUCUUUAUUUUGAAAAAAUGAAACCAUUCAGUUUAACACUGAAGUUGGUUUGGUUUUGAUUCUGAUUUGGUGCAAUUUGGAUUGCAAUUCUAUUUGAGGAUUU